CCCCAUCACAUUACAUUGCUCAGGCGCUGUGCUCAGGGCGGCUUCUCCGCCCCUUUCCAGCCUCUCCCUCUCCCACUCCCUCCUCUUUUUUAACCUUUCUCCCCCGUUGGUAGAUCUCUCACUUCCACUUAGGAGCCGUCAGUGUGUCUGUGUGUGUGCGCGUGUGCGUGUGUAUGUGUGUGUAGACGGAGCUCCAGCUCCGCAGCUUCUCUCCCUUCCUGUCCCAAGACCAUGAAGUCCUUUGUGUGGCAGCUGCCCCUGACUCUGGCUCUGGCCCUGACCCUUCAGGAAUCUCUCACAGGGCCCGCCAAGUCUCCCUACCAGCUGGUACUCCAACACAGCCGACUCCGAGGCAGGCAGCACGGGCCUAAUGUCUGUGCUGUGCAGAAGCUCAUUGGAACCAACAAGAAGUACUUUACGAAUUGUAAACAGUGGUACCAGAGGAAAAUCUGUGGAAAAUCCACCAUCAUCAGUUAUGAAUGCUGUCCUGGAUAUGAAAAGGUCCCUGGAGAAAAAGGCUGUCCUGCUGCAUUGCCUCUUUCAAACAUUUAUGAGACCUUGGGUAUUGUUGGAUCUACCACUACUCAACUCUACACUGACAGGACUGAGAAACUGAGACCUGAGAUGGAAGGCCCAGGAAGUUUCACAAUUUUUGCUCCCAGCAAUGAGGCCUGGGCUGCUCUUUCUGCUGAAGUUCUGGAUUCCUUGGUCAGCAAUGUCAACGUUGAACUACUCAAUGCUCUUCGAUACCACAUGGUAGACAGACGAGUUCUUACUGAUGAACUGAAACAUGGAACAACACUCACCUCUAUGUAUCAGAAUUCAGAUAUUCAUAUCCAUCAUUACCCCAAUGGGAUUGUUACUGUCAAUUGUGCUCGGCUUCUGAAAGCAGACCACCAUGCUACUAAUGGUGUGGUUCAUCUUAUAGAUAAAGUCAUUUCCACCACUACCAACAACAUCCAACAGUUCAUUGAGAUUGAAGAUACAUUUGAAACCCUUCGGGCUGCUGUGGCUGCUUCAGGCCUGAAUACUCUGCUGGAAGGUGAUGGUCAGUUCACUCUCUUAGCCCCAACCAAUGAAGCAUUUAAAAAAAUUCCUCCAGAAACCCUGAACCGCAUUCUGGGUGACCCUGAAGCACUGAAAGACCUGUUAAAUAAUCACAUCCUGAAAUCGGCAAUGUGUGCUGAAGCCAUCAUUGCAGGACUGUCCAUGGAGACUCUGGGAGGCAACACCUUGGAGGUGGGCUGUAGUGGUGAUGUGCUCACUCUUGAUGGGAAGGCCAUCAUUUCAAACAAGGACAACUUGGCAACCAAUGGGGUGAUCCAUUAUGUGGAUGAGCUACUUAUCCCAGAUUCAGCUAAGACACUAUUUGAAUUGGCCACUGAGUCUGAUGUUUCAACAUCUAUUGAUCUUUAUAGACAAGCCAAUCUUGGUUCUCAUCUCUCUGGAACAGAACACUUGACCCUUCUUGCACCUCUGAAUUCUGUAUUCAAAGAUGGUGUCCCUUACAUAGAUGCCAAUAUGAAGAAUUUGCUUCUGAAUCACAUUGUUAAAGAUCAGCUGUCUUCAAAGUAUCUGUACCAUGGACAGACUCUGGACACUCUGGGUGGCAAGAAACUGAGAGUUUUUGUUUAUCGUAAUAGUCUGUGUAUUGAGAACAGCUGCAUUGCAGCCCAUGACAAGAGGGGAAGGUAUGGCACCCUAUUCACUGUGGAUCGGAUAUUAACACCACCAAUAGGGACCAUCAUGGAUGCUCUUAAAGUUGACAACCGUUUCAGCAUGCUAGUGGCUGCCAUUCAGACUGCAGGCCUGACAGAAACCCUCAACAGAGAAGGUGCAUAUACUAUCUUUGCUCCAACAAAUGAAGCCUUCCAGGUCCUGCCACCAGAGGAGCUGAAUAAACUCUUGGGAAAUCCUAAGGAACUUGCUGACAUUCUAAAAUAUCAUAUUGGGGAUGAAAUCCUGGUCAGUGGAGCUAUUGGAGCCCUGGUGAGGCUAACAUCUCUACAAGGUGAUAAACUGGAAGUCAGUUCCAAAAAUACUGUUGUGAAUGUCAACAAAGAACCUGUUAUAGAAACUGACAUUAUGGCUACCAAUGGUGUAAUCUAUGCUAUUAAGAGUAUUUUGCAACCUCCAGCCAAUAGAAUUCAGGACCAAAAUACAAAUCUUCAUUCUGCCCUAGAAAUCUUACGACGAGCACCUGCUUUUUCUAAGGGUUCUCAAAGCUCUAUACGAUUAGCUCCAGUCUAUGUGCGAUUAUUGGAGAGAAUGCAUCAGUCAGCUUAAGGACCAUCAGAAGAAUGUGUCAUGACAAUUCUCAACCACAAACAACAUUGGUUUUCAGAAGAAACCAAUCUCAGGUUUCAUUAUCCUUCAUUAUCCAGGGGUUUCCUCUAAAACAGGAUGGCUCCCAGUACCACUAAAAUAGGGAAGCUCUUGGGGUGGGGGACAAAUAUUUCAUGGACACAAACACAAUUACAUGCCAGGUCGUUAAAAUCACUUUAUGAUUCAUAUUUUGAAAUGAAAAGUCCAAAACAUUGCCAGUCAAAAUAAAAACAAAAACAAAAUAUAUCCUAACUCUUCUUUCUGAGAAGUAUAGUAGCUGUUUGGGAGACCUUACCCAAUAUCCUCUGGGCCAUAUUUGACCAGAGCACUGGUAGCAGCCAUGUUUCUCCUUCAUUGCUGAAUUUAAAUAUUACUAUUCUGGAAACCUGUUUAAAUUGGAAAAACUACAUUAUAUAAGCUGUGAUUUGAAUGGUUCUGUUCAUUGUGUUCUGGAGCAUUUCUGUGUUGUUAUCCCCUGGAUGAAAAGAAGGGUAGGUCUAUGUAUUGUGUGGAUGUGAAUUUCCCUGGAAGAAGUAUGGCAAUGACACAAUUUGUAAAAAUAAAACAAAAGAACAUAUAAUUUGCUUGUGA